GUAAAGUAAAGUUAGUACACCUCGGUGUUUUGCGUGUAUAUUUGGUGUGUGGUGUCGCGUUUAAUUUAUUUAUUAAUUUAGACGUUGUGUUAAAGGUUUUUUUUUUCAUAAUUAAUCUCGUAUUGUGAUUUGUGGGAGUGCUAGUGUCCAUCGGAAUUAAUAUUUUCGCGGUGUGCACCGAGUGCAAUCCGGAGUGAAGCCUUUACCGGCAUUUUAUGGUGUUUGUUUACAAAAGUGAAAUCCGCGAGUGUUGCGAUCAAAUGCGAGUUGUGAUCGAAUCUGAGUAAUUUCGCGUGUGUAUCUGUGCGCGUUUUACCGAACGCAAGAUGCGUUUAAAAAGUGCCAUUUUAUCAGCUCUGCUCUUCGUUUUAUCUUCGGCGCUGUUUGGACACGCCGAGAAUGACACCGUUGGGCCUACGUUCAUUAAGGAGCCACCGAAUAAGAUUGAUUUCUCGAACACGACAGGAGCGACAUUGGAGUGCACAGCCAGAGGUAAUCCAGCUCCGGAGAUCAUCUGGCUUCGAGGAGACGGCACAGCUGUCGGCGAAGUGCCCGGAUUAAGACAGGUUUUGCCUAAUGGGAAUCUAGUUUUCCCGCCUUUUCGGGCCGAGGAUUAUCGACAAGAGGUUCACGCUCAAGUAUACAUUUGCAUGGCCAGGAAUUCCGUCGGGUCUAUUCAUUCACGCGAUGUAAAUGUUCGAGCAGUUGUGGAACAGCAUUACCAAACGGAGGUAAACAACGAGUACGUUAUAUUGGGUAAUUCGGCCAUACUCAAGUGUAGCAUACCUUCAUUUUUAUCCGAUUUCGUUAUGGUAAUUGCCUGGCAAGACGAUACUGGCAAUAUUUACAACAGCAUCGCCACCGAUACCUCAUCCAAAGGCAAAUUGAAACAUGAUGGUAAAUACUUAGUUUUACCGUCGGGCGAGUUACACAUUCGAGAUGUGGCACCUGAGGAUGGCUUCAAGUCGUAUCAGUGCCGUACUAAGCACAAAUUGACUGGAGAAACUAGACUGAGUGCUACCAAAGGACGUUUAGUGAUCACAGAACCAACAAAUAAUAUACCACCUCGAUUACUCGGACUCAAAAUUAAAGGAAGUAUUGAGCAAGACAGCAAAUCAGGUGAAACAGCUGUUGUCAGAUGCGAUAUCACCUCAUUCCCUGUACCUGUUUUCAAAUGGUAUAAAUUUGUCGAUGGCACGAGUCGAAAACUCGCUGUCGUUCUGGAUGAUCGAGUGAAGCAAGUUUCCGGUACUUUAAUCAUUCAAGAAGCCAAAGUAGAGGAUUCUGGAAAAUAUCUGUGCGUUGUAAACAACUCGGUGGGUGGAGAAAGUGUCGAAACUGUGUUGACUGUGACGGCUCCUCUGUCAGCUUCAGUCGAACCGAUCGUACAAACGGUGGAUUUCGGAAGACCAGCCGUACUCACGUGUAAUUACGAAGGAAACCCGGUGAAAACAGUCUCGUGGUUAAAAGACGGAAAACCCAUAUCCAGCGGCGAAGGACGUUCCUUGAAAAUCGAUUCGGUUCGAAAAGACGAUAAAGGAAUGUAUCAAUGCUUCGUACGAAACGAACAAGAGAGUGCUCAAGGCAGCGCUGAAAUCAAAUUAGGAGGCAGAUUUGAUCCGCCUCAAAUAACUCAGGCUUUUACCGAAGAAGUUCUAAAGGAAGGUCCUCCCGUGUAUUUGAAAUGUGUCGCUUCUGGUAAUCCGACUCCUGAAAUUACCUGGUUCUUGGAUUCAAAAAAGAUCGAAACCAACGAGAAGUUUCAAAUUAGCAACCAAGUCACUGCUACCGGAGAUAAAAUAUCAUACUUGAAUAUCACCAAUGUCCAAACCAACGAUGGAGGUUUAUACAAAUGUGAAGCCAACUCCAAAGUAGGAUCUGCAUCUCAUUCGGCUCGUCUCAAUGUACACGGAUUACCCUACGUUAGGCGUAUGGAAAAACAAAUGAUCGUUGCUGGUGGAACCUUAUUCGUGACUUGCCCUUUUGCCGGAUACCCUAUCGAAACAGUUACAUGGGAAAGAGAUUCGAGAACUUUACCAAUUAAUAGAAAACAGAGAGUGUUUCCGAAUGGUACGUUGAUCAUCGAAAAUGUCGAAAGGUCUUCCGAUCAAGCUACCUAUACUUGUUUAGCAAAGAGCCCCAAUGGAUACAGCUCCAAAGACAGCUUAGAAGUACAAGUUUUGGUACGUCCUCGAAUAGCUCCAUUCAAAUUCGAAGAACCGAUGUUUGCCGGACAAGCAGCCCAAGUGGCUUGUCUAAUAACAGAAGGUGACCUACCAUUGAACAUAUCUUGGUCGUUUAGCGGAUCUGGCAAUACACCUUUGUCUGAGCUAGGAAUCACAACUAAAAUGUUCGGUGUAAAGUCAAACGUACUGUUGAUCGAGUCAACUGAGGCUAUACAUAGCGGAAAUUAUACCUGUACUGUUAACAGUAUUAGUAACUUCGCUAUGACUCAAUAUACAGCCGAAUUAAACAUAAAUGUGCCUCCUCGCUGGAUCUUGGAACCAUCUCAGAAAGCUUUCGCUCAAGGCAGUGAUGCUAAAAUUGAAUGCAAAGCUGAUGGUUUCCCUCGUCCAACUGUCACUUGGAAAAAAGCUACUGGACAAUCUCCCGGCGACUAUAAAGAUUUGAAAAAUAACUCCGACAUUAAAGUUGAAGACGGAACUUUGACCAUUAAUAAUAUUCAAAAGAGCAACGAAGGCUAUUAUUUGUGUGAAGCUGUGAAUGGAAUUGGAUCUGGACUCUCGGCUGUUAUUACUGUUAAUGUGCAAGCUCCUCCUCAAUUCGAUAUUAAAUUACGAAACCAGACCGCUCGAAAAGACGAACCUGCCGUUCUACAAUGCGAAGCCAAAGGUGAAAAACCAAUCGGUAUUUUAUGGAAUAUGAAUAACAAACGACUCGACUCAAAAGGCGAUGGCAGAUUCACGAUUCGCGAAGACAUACAACAAGAUGGUGUUUUAUCCGGUCUAAGCAUCAAACGAACUGAAAGAAGUGAUUCAGCCUUGUUUACUUGCAUCGCAACGAACUCCUUCGGUAGCGACGACAGCAGCAUUAAUUUGAUUGUUCAAGAACCACCCGAAGCUCCCUAUGGACUGAAAGUUUUGAAUAAAUCUGGCCGAUCUGUACAAAUGUCUUGGAUUGCUCCGUAUACUGGAAAUUCUCCUAUUACCAAAUACCACGUCGAAUAUAAAAUCACCAGAGGAACUUGGGAUACUGACAUGGAACGAGUUUUCGUCGCUGGACACGAAACUUUAGUAUCGGUUAUGACUUUACGCCCAGCUACCACUUAUCAUUUCCGUAUUGUUGCCGAGAAUGAGCUCGGACUCUCUGAACCAUCCGAUGUUGUGACCAUAAUAAGUGCUGAAGAAGCUCCGAGCGGUGCCCCGACCGAAGUACGAGUAGAACCUGUUGACCAAAAAACCUUGAAAGUAUUCUGGAAACCACCCGAAAGAUCCGAAUGGAAUGGUGAAAUUCAAGGAUAUUAUGUUGGAUACAAACCAAUCCCUACUGAUAAUAAAGCAACCACGGACAAGCCCUAUGUUUUUGAAACCGUUGAAUUCAACAAAGAAGAUGGAAAGGAACAUCAUUUAGAAAUUCACAACUUGAAAACCUACACCCAGUACUCUGUAGUGGUACAAGCUUUCAAUAAAUUAGGACCUGGACCUCUAUCCAACGAAACGAGACAAUUCACUGCUGAAGGAAUUCCCGAACAACCUCCUCAUGACAUCAGCUGCACGACGUUGACGUCACAAACAAUCCGAGUUUCGUGGAUAUCACCCCCUUUGAAUUCGGCCAAUGGUAUCAUUAAAGGAUACAAAGUCAUUUUCGGACCAAGUGAAAGUUGGUUUGAUGAAAGUACCAAAGACACGAUGAUUACUUCUUCGAGUGAAACUAUUCUUCAUGGACUGAAAAAAUAUACCAAUUAUAGUAUGGAAAUCUUAGCUUAUACCAGUGGCGGUGAUGGUGUCAGAACUAACAUAAUUCAUUGCCAGACUGAUCAAGAUGUUCCCGAGCCCCCAUCAGCCAUUAAAGCUCUAGUCAUGUCUGUUGAAUCGAUUCUAGUCAGUUGGAAAUCUCCAGUACAACCUAAUGGUGUCAUUACCCAAUAUACCGUUUAUUAUAAGGAACACGCUAAUAAAGAAGCCGAACCAAAAAGCGAAAAGGUUUCACCUCUACAAAUGAAUUACGAAGCUAAAAAUCUCAAAAAAGCCGAACAAUACGAAUUUUGGGUGACUGCUUCGACUAACGUAGGUGAAGGCCAAGCCUCAAAAACGAUUACUGUCGCUCCAAACGCCAAAGUUUCUGCUAAAAUAGCCUCAUUCAGCGAUAAUUUCACCGCCACGUAUCGCGAAGAUGUUAAAUUACCUUGUCUAACCGUCGGUCAACCAGCACCGGAAAUUUCAUGGAAAAUUAAAGGACGCCCUCUAGAAAGCAACGAACGUAUAAGGCAAUUAGCCGAAGGAUCCUUGUUGAUUAAAACUGUGACCAGGACUGAUGCCGGAGAAUACUCUUGCUCAGUUGAAAACUCUUUCGGAAAAGAUCACAUCAAUCAUCGUCUUAUCAUUCACGCUCCACCUCAUCAACCCGAAGUAAAAAUAGAAUCCACUACGAAUAACUCGAUUGUCGUCUUAGUGAAACCUCAUCCAGGUGAAACAGAACCCAUCCAUGGUUAUACCAUACGUUACAAACCAGAUUUUGGAGAAGCUGAGACUGUUCAAAUCCCACCCAACACCGAGAAAUUCCUCAUCGAAAAUUUAUCCUGUGGAAUGAGAUACAACGUUCAAGCUUUCGCCUAUAAUUCGAUUGGCAAUGGUGAUACGUCGGUUGUACAACAAGCACGAACUUCAGGCUCGAAACCUGCAUACCCAAAUGUUAACGAAUUCAUUACGGUGGCUACCAAUUCAGUUACUCUUCAAUUGACAGCUUGGAAAGAUGGAGGAUGUCCAAUGUAUUACUUUGUGAUCGAAUACAAGAAGAAGGCUGCCAAAGAAUGGAACCAAAUCGCCAACAACGUGAAACCAACCGGAAACUACUUAUUACUCGAUUUAGAACCAGCUACUUGGUACCAUCUACGAGUAACUGCCCACAACAGCGCCGGAUUCGUCGUAGGCGAAUACGAAUUCGCCACAUUGACCAUGGAAGGAAGUACAAUUGCACCAGCUCGAGAGCUAGGUGAUAUGAGCGAUGGAGGCUUUAGGGCAACGAGUGAUGAAACUGUGCGAAUUCUGCUAGCGAACUUGAACCUAUUUGUACCAGUAGCAUCCGCCAUUCUAGUUAUCAUUGUCGCAUUCAUCGUUAUCUGUUUCAUUCGUGGAAAAGGAGAUGAUAUGAAAGAUGAUGUAGUUUAUAAUCAAUCCAUGAUGAAUGGAAAUACCAUCGAUAAAAGACGACCAGAUUUACGCGAUGAACUCGGAUACAUCGCACCUCCUAAUCGUAAACUACCCCCAGUUCCUGGAUCCAACUAUAAUACUUGUGAUCGCGUUAAAAGAGGUUACGGGUCUUCAUUUAGAAGUCAUUCAACAUGGGACCCUAGAGGAGGUCGCCAUACAUACGAAGAAUUGAACGGACAUGGCCCAUGUAGGGGUCAUCUUCCACCGUACCGUAGUUCCGAUGAAACUCUUUAUCAGAAAUGUAGAGGUGUUGACGAUGAAAUAUGCCCAUACGCUACAUUCCAUUUACUCGGCUUCCGCGAAGAAAUGGAUCCUUCGAAAGCAGCUGCAAUGCAGUUCCAAACAUUCCCACACCAAAAUGGUCACAGCGGUACUAUUGGACCUACUUCCAUGACUCAAGCUAAUGGUCAUAUCCAUCAAAGAACUGGAUCUCAAUCUAUGCCUCGCACAAAUGGCCGCUACUCUAGAGUAGGUAGCAUUGGUGGACCAAAUUCCACAUUUUCUCCCGAAUACGACGAUCCGGCUAACUGCGGCGAUGAAGAGCCGUAUGGUAGUCAAUAUGGAUCGUAUGGUGCUCCUUACGAUCAUUUCGGGAGUCGUAACUCCGUAGGACGUCGCAGCUUUGGUUCUGCACGUAACCUACCCGGUAAUUCGAGUCCUGAACCGCCUCCACCUCCACCAAGAAAUCAUGACCCGAACAGUAGCGGAACGACGGCAAAUGAUUCCAAGGAGAGUAAUGAAAUGUCCGAGGCAGAAUGUGAUAUGGCCCUGAAUCGCGCCAGUUAUGGAGUUGGUAUAAGGGGAAACUCCAAGGAUGGUUUGACCACCGAGGAGAUGCGUAAAUUGAUCGACAGAAACGAAGCAGGAUACCAACAACUCCAAAACGGAGGGUUCACAACCUACGAUACUGUGGCAGUGUAACUUGUAAUUCUGUCUCGUCACCAGUUUAGUAUCACGUCGUGUAUGUUCGAGACCAUCACGCGACGUCAAUUUUACUACUACUUUUUUUCAUAAACGCUUCAAUUCUUAUAAAAUUAAGUACACUGUCUUUUUUUUUACCAGUUAUUAUAAAUUACCAUGCUUUAAUUAUACAUUACGAUUUACAUAGAAUUAUACUUACAAUGUACGCAGGUCGCACAAAUAAUGGCUUUUUUUCUCUCUCGAUCAAACACAUAGGUAUAUACCGCAAUAUCCUUCUUUUUUUGUACAUAUAUUUUAAAUACCUACGUAAUUCCAAUCUAGAUUUUCAAAUAGCGAGUUGAUUUUAGCCUUAGAUGAUAGUCAUAUUAUUACUAGAUGUAUGUUGUUUUUUUUUUAAAAUCAUUUUCCCCUUUUUAUUUCUCUCCUUUUGGAGUAUUUGAUUUUUUUGUACGAGUUACUAAGCAUCUGGACGGCUUUACGAUGCAUUUAUUUGUUACAUUUUAAGGUCUAUUUUACGUACCUACUAUAAGUUUAUGGAUUUGCUUUCGUUUACGUACUGAAAAUGAUCGAUGCGAUGCAGAAUUUGUCGCAUUUGUUCCAUAACAUGCAGAUUGCCAUAUACACAGAUCGAUAAGAAUAAUGGAACCGAAAUUACCUACGCGUUUCUUUUUUUCUAUGUUUCGAAUGCACUUGUAUACAGGGUGGUUCAGAAUGAACAUAUGGUGCUUUCCAUUGGUUGAGUAGGCAAUUUGUGUGUUUUUAAGAUGAUUUCGAGAGGGAUGUCUGAUUAAAGAAAUUGAUUUGAAAUGGAUUUAGAAGAAUUCAAGUCUUGGCAGUGAGUUAGCCAAGGGUUUAAGUUAUUGAAAGUGAAAAUUAUUGUAAGAUUGUACAAAUGAAUUUGAAUAUUUUUUUUAGAGAGAGAAUGGUUGUUUUUUGAUUGAAAUUAAAUGGAUUUUUUAGAGACUCUGACUGAGAAGUGGGGGUUUGUAGGCAACCUGAAUUACAUUCUGUUACAAAAUUUGCACACCAAAUAAAUUGAAGGGAUAUUUAUUCAUUUUUGACUUUGUGAAAAGUCCUCGAAAUAUGUUAUGUAGGUAUCCGAUUGCGAUUUUUGCCUCAGUACGUAAAAUAAAUUGUCUACUUCACCCCUGAAUAUUCCCUGAUCAUUCUGAACCACCCUGUAGGUUUUUCGCGUCAUUCACGAGUACGCUUUUUCACUCCACUUUUGUGUAGUUAACCCGCAUCGUAAAAGUUAAGAUAUUGAUAAAAAUCGUUCUUCCUAAUUUUUACUGCCAAAAAAAAUUUUUUGGUAAAUUUAAUAUACGCGAGGGUUUUUUUCUUUUCGAGUAUACGAGUCAACAGAGAGAUUGAAAAAAAAUCUCAAUUUUUAGUACGAUGGUACGAGGUUCCCUGUACGAAAUAUGCGAAAAACAAGGCGGUUUUUGUUUUCUUAUCACCUGUAUAUUGUGAGUAUUUAAGGUUGUAUUUCGUAACAAUGUAUUCGGAUAAGUGUUAAAUUUAAGAUAAUUAGUUGUUUUUAUUUUUGACUUGAUUUCGGUUUUUAUUAUUUUUCCUGUAAGUUAUUUAAAGCGUUUGUGUGUUGAGAAUUUAAGCCUUAUAAAGAAAAAAAAAGUGAAAAAAAAACUUUGAUUAAAAUAACCCUUUGGAGGUGAAAUCUAUUAUUUUGAGAAUAUUUUCAAUAUUGAAACAGUGAUAGAGGCGUUAGCUAGUCAUUAAAGUUUAAGUUUCAAGCUUAAUUUUUAUUUCACCGUUUAAGAAAUUGAAUUUCUAUCUGUUCUACUAUCAUUUAAGAUGAUGUGAUUUCACUGCAGAGGGUUAUAAAUUUAUGUGUGUGUGUAUUUUUAUACGAUGUUAUAUUUACGCGUAUUUAUUUUAAAAAACCAUCAUUGAAUUCGGCUAGCUUCCUUUAAUAUUAAUUUAUUUUUACCUAAUUUUCGUUUGCCAUUUUAUUUUUAUAAUUUUUUUUAAAAACUUAAUUGUAUCAUGAUUUUCUAUCAUCUUUUUAUUUCGGCCGAUUCUAGUAAUCGAAUAUGUUAUUUUUAGAAUAAUCGUUUUUAUUUUUGUCUAUAGCGAUUAUCUGUGUACUUUCUUUUUUUUUUUUUUUAAAUAAUUAUAAUUUUCAAAGCUCAACCAUAAAAAUAUAAGAUUAUUUUAAGCUACUGAGGCUUAGCGCGUUUAAAAAAAAUGUUGAGGCGAAUGAAUGUUUGGUUUCGAUGUUGAAUGAAAUAUAAGUAAUAAUUUGGGAAUUUUUAUUUAAUGAAAAAUUUCUAUUUUGCAUUUAAUACGGGUUAUUAUUACUAGAGUUUUCUCAUCCUUGGGUAUCGUAUAUUAUUUGUAAUCGAAUCUAGUACACCGAUUAAUCGAUUUAGAAUGUUAUUAUUUUUGCUUGUUUUUAUUUAUUUUGUUUUUUUUUUCUUAUUUAAUUCUACGUGUAAACGCCCAGAUAUACGGAUAGAUGACUAAAAUUUAUUUUACAGUACCAAAAUGUUUUUAUAUUUAGUCAUAUGUUGUGUUUUUUAGUUUUUUUCUUUUUUUUAAGCUGUGAUGUUUUAGCUGUAAUUACUUCGAUGAUUUUUUUUUUUUUAUAAUUGUAAAGCUUUAGCUUAUUUAUUAAAAUAUAUCAGUGCUAAUGUACCAAUUUA